GCUGUCGUAGCCGCUGCCGCCGCCGCCGCCGCCGCCGCCGCCGCCGCCGCCGCCACCUCGAGAGAAGGAUCACGAGAGGGGAAGCCCCCGAGUGAAAGUCAUCAUCCUGCCGGCCGCUCCUCCCGGGCCACUUCCCUUCCGCCCCGGUUCCCGUCCCCUCCCCCUUCAGGUGCCAUCCGCCUCCAUCCGCGCCCUCGAUCCCCCCAUCCCCAGGUGAGGGGGCUGAGCCCCGGUCGCGGAGACCCCAAGGAGCCCGGCAGGGUCAUCAUUUGCAGCGCGACAUGGCAGGAGCUGGAGGAGGGAAUGAUAUUCAAUGGUGUUUUUCUCAGGUGAAAGGAGCAGUAGAUGAUGAUGUAGCAGAAGAUAUAAUUUCUACAGUAGAGUUUAAUCAUUCUGGAGAAUUACUAGCAACAGGAGAUAAAGGUGGGAGAGUUGUCAUCUUUCAACAAGAGCAGGAGAACAAAAUCCAGUCUCAUAGCAGAGGAGAAUACAAUGUUUACAGCACCUUCCAGAGCCAUGAGCCAGAAUUUGACUACUUGAAAAGCUUAGAAAUAGAAGAGAAGAUCAACAAAAUUAGGUGGUUACCCCAGAAAAAUGCUGCCCAGUUUUUAUUGUCUACCAAUGAUAAAACAAUAAAAUUAUGGAAAAUCAGUGAAAGAGACAAAAGACCAGAAGGCUAUAACUUGAAAGAGGAAGAUGGAAGGUAUAGAGAUCCUACUACAGUCACUACAUUACGGGUGCCAGUGUUCAGGCCCAUGGAUCUAAUGGUGGAGGCCAGUCCACGGAGAAUAUUUGCCAAUGCCCAUACCUACCACAUCAACUCAAUUUCUAUCAAUAGUGAUUAUGAAACCUACUUAUCAGCGGAUGAUUUGCGGAUUAAUCUCUGGCAUCUGGAAAUUACAGACAGGAGUUUUAAUAUUGUGGAUAUCAAGCCUGCCAAUAUGGAAGAGCUCACAGAGGUGAUUACAGCAGCAGAAUUCCAUCCCAACAGCUGUAACACAUUCGUGUACAGCAGCAGUAAAGGAACUAUUCGGUUAUGUGACAUGAGGGCAUCUGCGCUCUGUGACAGGCAUUCUAAAUUGUUUGAAGAACCUGAAGAUCCCAGCAACAGGUCAUUUUUUUCUGAAAUCAUCUCCUCUAUUUCUGAUGUAAAAUUCAGCCAUAGUGGUCGCUAUAUGAUGACUAGAGACUAUUUGUCAGUCAAAAUUUGGGACUUGAAUAUGGAAAACAGGCCUGUGGAGACAUACCAGGUACAUGAAUACCUCAGAAGUAAACUUUGUUCACUCUAUGAAAAUGACUGCAUAUUUGACAAAUUUGAAUGUUGUUGGAAUGGGUCUGACAGUGUUGUCAUGACUGGAUCCUACAAUAAUUUCUUCAGAAUGUUCGACAGGAACACAAAGCGGGAUAUAACUCUAGAAGCAUCACGAGAAAACAAUAAGCCUCGCACAGUUUUGAAGCCACGCAAAGUCUGUGCAAGCGGCAAGCGAAAGAAAGAUGAAAUAAGUGUUGACAGCCUAGACUUCAACAAGAAAAUCCUUCAUACAGCCUGGCACCCCAAGGAAAACAUCAUUGCUGUAGCGACUACAAACAAUCUGUACAUAUUUCAAGACAAAGUGAAUUAGGCUGGCAUCCUAGCAGAGGAGCCACUUCCUGCUUAGUGAGAUAGUUGAAUCUAGCAUUCAUACCUAUAAGAGAGCGGUCCAUUGUGGCGCCCCUUUCCAGUGUUUGACAGUGUGCCAUUUGACAACACAUUUGAUAGCCACAUGGAGAAAGCUGUGUGGAUGCAUCCCGGGCUGUUCUCCAUGUCUGCUAGCCGUUUAGGGAAGGGAAGGGCACUUUUAAUUUAAUGACUUCUUGCACCAUCUUGCCUGAUGGACUGGACUGGACUAGACUGUGUCAGCAUUGAUGUACUCCACUUUUUAUGCCUUCCAUUGUGAUGACGUCAAACACAGUGAACGCCUUCAGUCAUGCUAUGGGAUUUGUGUAUCCUCAUUACUGUAUCACUUGUGGGGUACACCCCUCCUCUCUUUUUUAAAUUAAAUACAGCUCAUUCUUACUGUG